UUAGAGGAGGAGGGUACCUGAAGAUCUCACUCCCUGUACUCUCUUGGGGGUUGAGGAGAACAGAUUUCCAAAUUCACUGCUUUUAAGAUUUAAAGAGCAGCUUCGCUAGCUGAGAGGAAAUUUGCAGUGAUCCUUGUGAGCGUUGCUUUUAAGCUGUGUUAAAUUUGUGGCAAGAGUGUCAGGCAUUUGGUACUUGGCUUCCAAAGGAGAAAAAAAAAAAAGAAAUGAAAGAGAGAGAGAAAAAAACCCGACGUGUGUGUGGAAGAAACCUCCCAGGAAUUUCUUCAAGGUUGUAGUCAGACACAGUAAGAGCUAAAGUGACAAGAAAAGCAAGGCAAAGAUAAAACUUGGUAUUGUGAUGUCUGAGUGUAAAGUGGGAGAUUGCAGAAACCUUUUGGGAUUUCACAAGCUCAUCUUGUCCUGGAUAUGACUGAAUACAGCUAGUUUUUCUUUAGUGACAGUUCAGAAACUCCUCAAGAUCAUGUUUCUAUUCCUUGUUGCUUUUUUGCCAGUGUUUUUUAAAAUUGGUUUUGUCAGCCUUUCAGUUCUGCAGCACUGGAACUGUCCUAACGGAUACAGAUUAAAGACUGGAAACUCUGCUUGUAUAGAUAUUGAUGAGUGCCUUGAAGGUGGUGUGGGAACCUGUGGCCAAACCUGUAUCAAUAUUCCAGGAUCCUACAUCUGCUCCUGUUUGCCAGGCUACACCUUGGAUAUUGACAAAUGGUCUUGUUAUGUGAACGACCCUGCACCAUUCCUACUUUUUAGCCAUGGGAACGCCAUCUUUAGAAUUGACACUGAAGGGACCAAUCAUGAAAAGCUGGUGGCUGAUACUGGUCAGUCAACACUUAUGGAUUUUCAUUAUUCAGAUGAUAAAGUGUAUUGGGUUGACUCUGAAAGGCGACUACUUCAAAGAAUUCACCUGAAUGGCACAAAACAAGAGAGACUAUGUUAUAUAGACAAAGGCAUUUCAGCAUUUGCUAUUGAUUGGAUAAAUCAAGACAUCCUGUGGGCCAAUAGACAGAAAGCAACCAUAGAAGUGACAGACAUGAAUGGGAAGAGACGCCGAGUUCUUCUGAGAGGCGCUGGUCGCCCCACAAGGAUUACCCUUGAGGCUGAACGAAGGCUAAUAUUUUGGUCUUCAGAAGGUACAGUUUCCAGCAUAAACAGGGUGACCUUCAGUGGGAGUGAUGUGAGAAAUAUUUUAAGAACCACAGAAAAAAUCAAGGCCAUCUCACUAGAUUUGGUUGACACAAGGCUCUACUGGAUCCAACACGACCACGGGAAAGAUGUUUCCCAUAUUGGAUCAUGCGACUAUGGUGGUGGAGCUGUUCGUUUGCUCAAAAAUCCUGUCAGACAUCAAUUGAUUGGUAUGUCUCUCUUUGCUGAGCACCUGUACUAUUCAGAGUUGAAAUCUGGAAUGAUAUGGAGAGCCAACAAGUACACUGGAAAAGUUGUAGUCACAAUUAGCCUGAAGCCACCAUUUUUUCCACCAGCAGAGAUAAAAGUGGUGCAUCCUUUUAGACAACCAGGUGCAAGAAGAGAUUCUCAGGAUUUUGAAAAAGUAGCUUGUGAUGUUCACAAAGAAAAGUGCAGAAGAAGAAUCUGCAGACCAGACUCAAGGACUCAUCGAUGUAAAUGUUCCAGUGGCUUUAUUUUAAGUCGAAAUAAGCAGUUUUGUGAAGAUAUCAAUGAAUGUGGCUUCUGGAAUCAUGGCUGCACUUUGGGCUGCGUGAACAUCCCUGGCUCCUAUUACUGCACCUGUCCGAGAGGUUUUGUUUUGCUGCCUGAUAGGAAAACAUGUCAUGAGCUAAUUUCCUGUACAAGUAAUGACACCAAAUGUAGCCAUGGUUGCAUUCAAACAUCUAAAGGGCCUGUUUGCUUUUGUCCUGAAGGAUCUGUACUCAAAACAGAUGGCAAAGCAUGCACAGGUUGUACAUCUCCUGAUAAUGGUGGCUGCAGUCAGAUAUGUUCUUCUUUAAGCCCGUCCUCCUGGGAGUGUGCUUGUUUUCCUGGAUAUAAGCUUCAGAGAGACAGAAAGCACUGCACAGCUAUAGGACCUAAGCCAUUUUUGCUAUUUGCAAAUGGCCAAGAUAUCAGACAGAUCAGUUUUGAUGGAACAGAUUAUGCAAGUUUACUUGACUGGCAGAUGGGAAUAGUCUUAGCACUGGACUCUGACCCAGUGGAAAAUAAGAUCUACUUUGCUCACACCGCCUUGAAAUGGAUAGAACGAGCUAAUCUGGAUGGCUCAAAUCGUGAAAAAGUUAUUCAUGAAGCUAUAGAUAUACCCGAAGGCCUUGCUGUGGACUGGAUUAAUCGCAAAUUGUAUUGGACAGACAGAGGGAAGGCACGGAUUGAAAGGAGCAAUCUGAAUGGAAUGCAAAGAAAAAUGAUCAUCUGGGAGGAUAUCUCCCAGCCCCGAGGGAUUGCCAUUCACCCAUUUGCUAAGAGAUUAUUCUGGACUGACAUGGGGGUCAAUCCCCGGAUUGACAGCUCUUCAUUAGAAGGCAUCGAUCGCCAGGUUAUAGCCAGCACUGGUCUGGUGUGGCCCAGUGGAAUAGCUCUCGACUACUUAGCCGACAAGGUGUACUGGUGUGAUGCUAAGCAGUCUGUGGUUGAGAGUGCAAACCUGGAUGGUUCUGGUCGUCGAAUUCUUACACAGAAUGAUGUAGGCCACCCUUUUGGUGUAGUGGUGUUUGAGGAUCACCUUUGGUUUUCUGACUGGGCCAGGCCAUCACUAAUGAGGGUGGACAAGAAGACCGGCCAAAACAGGGUACGUCUUCGAGGCAGCAUGCUGAGACCCUCAUCAAUGGUUGUAGUUCAUCCUUUGGCGAAACCAGGAGCAAAUCCUUGCCUUUAUGAGAAUGGAGGCUGUGAUCAGAUCUGUGAAAACAAGUUUGGACUUGUCCGUUGCAUGUGCCAUCCAGGAUUUGGGAAAACUCAAGAUGGAAAAACAUGUCAUGCUCUGGAUGCUUCCAACAUGACAGCAGGUGCUGUCUUUGAGCACAAGGAGGUGGUACCGAUGCCAGCACUGGAGACCUUGCUGCAGAGCACACAAAGCAGUGGAAUACUCAAGGAUGCAGACAGAGGGGAAAAGCAGAAAAUCAGUGUUUUGUUGAUGGCUGAAAUAAUGGUAUCAGAUCAAGAUGACUGCACUGCACUAGAAUGUGAUGUCAAUGCACAGUGUGUUUUGCUGGAAGAUGGUGCUAUGUGCCAGUGUUUGAAAGGAUUUACCAGGAAGGGGAAAUCAUGCUAUGAUGUCGAUGAGUGUGCUGGAAAUCUGGACCACUGCACCCGAAACGUGUCGCGCUGUAUCAACACUGAAGGGGGCUACGUCUGUAAGUGCCUGGAGGGCUACGCUGGAGAUGGAGUUCAUUGCUAUGAUAUUGAUGAGUGCAAGACGGGAUCCCACACCUGCGGAGAGAACAUAACCUGCACAAAUACAGAAGGAAACUUCACUUGCUCAAGUGCUGAUGAUGCUUCUGGAACUGGCAUUGGUUGCAAAUCUACUGUGCCCCCUACUGUUGUCCGCAAUGAAGACUCUACACACCCUGUGCAAGGUGAUUCUAUAGGAUGCCCUCCUUCGUAUGAGUCAUACUGCCUCCACGGAGGAGUGUGCAAUUAUGUUCCUGAUCUACAAGACUACGCCUGCAACUGUGUGACGGGCUACGUCGGGGAGCGGUGCCAGUUCAGCGAUCUGGAGUGGUGGGAGCAGCAGCAGGCCGAGCGGGUGAAGAUGCGGAACAUCACCAUUGCAGUGUGUGUAGCAGUGCUGAUCCUCCUGCUCCUGCUGGGGUCCCUGGCCAUCUACUGCCACAGAAGUCAAAGCUUGUAUAAGAAGAGCCUCUAUGCUGAAGCGAUAAGAGAUGGCAGCAGCCGCGCUGACAAGGAGAAUGCGACACCUACUAGCAACAAGUCUCAGCUUGUGGUUGUUAAGGAGUGUGACAGUUCUCUGGAGAAUAAAGUGGCUGAUCUAAUUGAGUGUGAGACAACAGAUCCUCAUCCUGCCUGUCCUUUGGAAUAUGUGGAAGAAGAGCCUAUAACAUACAACAAAGCAUCAGAGACUUUGGUGGAAGAGGAGAAAGAACAAGGCUCUCAACAGGAGGUUCCUGUUGGUGAGAAACUGUGUCAGCCCACGGGAGCAGUGAAGGGAUCUCCCCAGGCUCCCUGGAGCACCCACCUCAAGCCUCUGCUGGAAAGAGAUCCCUGUGAGCAUGUCCCAGCCAACCUGCUGAUGCAGCCAGACUAGAAGCAGCCUAGGUUUGAGUAGAGAAAGGAGGAAGAAUGAAGUCAGUAGAGAAUGGGAACUUGUGAAACACUGAAGUGACCCUCAUUUUUGCAUUAAAAUCUGCUUUAGAAAAAAACACAGAUCAAAACAGAACAGAGAAGUCCUUGCUACUACUUCUCUGUCAUCUCUGCUUGGAAGAAUUACUGUGAGCAAUGUAUUGGCAAUUAGUACUCUAUAAGUAUCAAGUUAAGGGUCACUGCUGCUAACUUCAUUAACUGCCUGUUUAAAGGACACUGAGGGGAAAACAGACUAGUGGGUAAUUUGUCAGAGAUCAGUAUUUUCUAAUCACGUUUAUUGCAAGUAGUGGUCUUUACACAUGCACACAUGGAGUCCAGAAAACUGCCUAGAAAAUAAGCCACAAGCAACAGCUGCAGAGAAACUGGAAUGAGAAGAUGGUGCAGGAAAAUGAGUUAAAAACCCAAUGUUUUUGUUAAAAUAUUGUUCAUGGACACUCCAAGCCUCUGCCUAGUGCAGCUAUCAGACCGGUGUAUCUUCUUGGACUUCACCAGAGAUAAUCUUAUAUCUGCUUCUGUGAGUGAGCACCAAGUUGGGUCUUGCAUUUCUCACAGCUGGGAGGCUGGAGGAUUGUUUGUGAGCAUAUGGUAUUAAUGAUUCUCACAUCUAUUAAGUGAGAGGUAACAUUUGAGGAGAAAGGUGAUUCUUCUGCUAAAUUUUCCAGUCUGCACUGGUCCUUCAGAGCAUUACAGGAUUGUUUCAGGACUGAGGCAAUGGGCCUGAGUCUCCUUUCAAUCCUACAAGGAAGCUGUGCUGGAGUUGGUCUUGCCUCACAGAAGUGUGUCUGGCAGCAAAACCUCGUCCAGGACUUAGUGUGGGGAAGGAAGUCCAGCCAAUUGCUGCUCCAAAAGUACAGGAGUGGGACAAACAAAAACACCCCUCAGUUUGGACUGUCUUCUAAGUAACUGAUUGGUGUGGCCUGAUAAAAUCCAUGGGAUCAAUUGGAAAGCAACACCUUUUUUUUUUUUUUUUUUUUUUCCUAGUAACUAGCUUUCUAACAGCUACAGUUCCCUUCCAUUUACUAAGAAUUAACUCAUUUAUAAAGCUGUGUUUUAUACAGAGUUAUAGCUUAGUUUUUUAUCAUCUCAAGUGAUUUUCACCACUGGUCUUGACUCCCUAAGGCAGUUUUCUGAAGGUUUUGGAAGAUAUCAGUAUAAUUUUUAUCCACAGAGCGUCACCUGAUUUUUUUUUUUGUUGUUCCAGAAUGACAACUUGAUUAGCUUGUAGAGAUAAUUGUUAGUUUUCUGAAUGCCUGUAAGGAAAGAAAAUAGAAAAUGAGAUCUUGCUCUUGUUACUGAGGAAAAGUGCUUGAAAAUUCACCCAGAAACUUCCUUUGGUGCUGGCAUACCUUUUUGACAUGUUGUGACCUCUUACAGAAGAAACCUUGUGUGUAGGUCUUGGGCUGAUAAUGUACACACUGGUAUGGAGAUGAGUGUGCUCCAACUUUAUUUCUGGAAGUCAAAGGUGCCUAUGAGGGUGGUGAGACACUGGAAGAGGUUACCUAGAGAAGGUGUGGAUGCCUUCUGCCUGGAAGUGUUCAAGGCCAGCCUGGACAAGGCUUUGAGUGUCUCUGACCAUGGCAGGGGAGUUGGAACUAGAUGAUCUUUAAGGUCCCUUCCAACCCAAACCAUUCUGUAAUUCUAUAAUAUCUGGAAAUCAGCUAUCUUACUAAUGAAGUUUUAGUUGUAGCAGAUCUUUCAGUCCUCUGUCUUUGAAUCCUAUUACUAUAACUAUCAGACACCUUUAAACUCUGCUACAGUGCACAGCACUAGUGUUUUGUGUAAUUUAUUGGCUGGGUAACAAUGGCAAAUGUAAUUAAUUUAUGUGUUUACCAUUCUGCUUUUUGUUAGGUGUUUUUGUUUGAUUGCUUGCUUGUUUUUGUUUGUUUGUUUUGUUUUUUCUUAUUUAGAAAUCUGCCAAAAAGGUAUGGGAGGUAGUACUUUGAUUACCAGGUCUGCAGGCCAAUGAUGUGAAAGAGUACUGAAAGGCUCUUACCCCUUGUCCAAAACAGUUAUACACUUGAGUGACUUUGUGAAGUCAGUUCUGAUUUAUGUUGGUGUAAACAGUAAAAACAGUGAGCCCAAGGUGUCUGAAUUACAAUAAAUAUAAUGCUCUGUUGUGUAGAGAGUUGUCACUUGCUUGUUAGCCUGCUAAAGUGAUUUUUACUAGUGGUUUUGAACUGCUAAGUCUAUUUCCUAAUCACAUCAGUUCUAAAUUCAGAAUAAACUUGUAAAAUAGGCUUUUCCAGAGAUUAGUUGGAACCAGUAGCAAUGUAGACACGUUUUCUUUUGUGAAUGGCAACAAGGGUGCUUCCAUGGAAGCAAGUAAUAAGGAGAGUUGGCAUACUAAACUGUGUUCAGGAGAGGGCAACUACUGGGUUAAACCAUUCAUAUUUGGUAGAUUUUAAGUUCAGCAUAGUUUCAUUUCAUUAACAUUGUGAAAAGCAACUUGUUAGGAUUCCCUGGUCUUUCACAAUUCAUCACUGAUUUGUGUAUUUUGAUGGGAAGAGAGGCAGCUAUAAAGGCCCUGAUUCAGUAAAGCAUUUUAUUUCCGUGAGAGCUGGACAGUAAAAUGACUUUGAUCCCAGGUCUUAGAUUAGCUCUGGUGAAGUAUGUUUAUGUGAUUAAAUCAAGGUGUUGUGUGUAUGACAGUCAACAUUUAGUUGGAACUUUCCCUGCACAAAGCAAAUAAAUAAUCUUGUCUAAACAAAGGUGUUUUGGACUCCAUACAAAUUAGUUUCAUAUUCUAACCCAUGUAUUGUUUAUUUUGCUUUCCUUCAGUCUAAGGAUCUAAGUUUAAAUUUGAUAGUGUUCUUUACAGAACAAGAUAGGAAAAUCAGGCUGAUAUGUUCUUGUAAUUAGGGUGUUUUGAACUUUAAAUGUUUCCUAAACUCAACUCUAAACUCAGAAUAAUCUUUAGCGUCAAACCUUGAGAUGGUAUUUCAAUGCAAAUAUAAUAUAUUUGAUUUAUUUGUAUGUUUAUAAAGCUAUUGGUUUAUAAAAUAAAAUUUAAAAAGAU